AGGGAGCUUCUUCCAUAUCUAUGGUGGCGCCUGCCUUAUUGAUGUAUAUAAUGCAUGCAUGGCGAUGGCGUCGUCUUCUACACGUACACACACACACACAUAUAUCCUCUAAUUGCUUUGCUGCUACCUAUCUAUAAAUUACAGAGGUGGUUCACGAGAGGCAGGAGCAAUGAUACCUGAGCAACAGGAUCCUUCGUCAUGUGAUAAGAGCGAGACGGUGGUAUACGUCGUCUACUUUCACGGGGAGCUUCGUGUCCCCAUCAACCCUUGCCACAGCGAUAUCGACGACGACCAGGUCCCGGAUACAAUGUCUAUCUACACAAUUCAUGCUUUACAUGUAGAAGAUGACAGCAGCCAUUCUCAUCGCCCCUUGCCACCGCCAGUACUCACUCUCCGGCCCCAUGAUCUCCCUCAACUAAUGGGUUUCGGUUGCUUGGGCUCCUCAAUCUACAUGAUCGGAGGCAGGUGGGAUGUUCCUUCUUCAAAUAGAGGUCCCUCUCUUGACGUGUAUAUCCUCGACACACACCGUCUCCCGUCCACUGAAUAUCCCCCAGGAAACCGAAACUCCCUUGCCUAUCUGAGGAAAGGGCCAAAGCUCAAUGCCCCCAAAAUUCUCCCCAUUGUCAUUGCUCUCCUUGGGAAGCUUUACGUGCUCCCAGAGUCAUUCGAUCCUUCAUAUAACAAGGAACACCAUCCCGGAGCAUGCAUUGAAGUUCUCGACCCAGACUCGAAUGAGUGGGCUGCCCUCCCCGAACCCAUACUUGAUCCUCACGACUUUUCUACACCACACGAUUACAAUGUACAGUCCUUCGAUGUUGUGGAAAGUUGCAUUGUAUUGACGCUUGUACGCGGUCUGGUCUAUGUGCUGGAUGGCAAUCAUCCAUUUGAAGGGUGGAAGAAGAGCUCGAGGCUUGACUGGUUACCGGUGCUUCACGCAAAUUGGAGAACUGGUGGGUCCGAGGUUGUGGAUGGUCUGUGGUAUCCUUGGUUUGGUUUCCCAUCCUAUCACCAUGGGGCGUCCUAUCUGGUCGCCUAUGAUCUUGCACAGGAGAAGGGAGAAGCGGAAAUUAUUCCGGUUCGCCGUCCAAGACACGGAAAAGGUAUCCGGAAAAUCUAUUCCGGGCAGCGCAGGGUGAUGGAUUGCGGUGGUGGGAAGGCAGCGAUUUUCUCCGGCGGGCCUAGUAAAUGGGUUGAUCUAACAACAUAUGGCUAUGGAAACCUCCGCUUCAACUUGGAUGUCGUUCGUUUAGAGAAGAAAAUCACCGCUGGCAAGAGCAGGAAGAGAAAGCUUGGCAAUCUAAAGGCUUAUUCCUCUAUCAAUUGUGUCCCUCUUAGAUCAUUCAGCUACGACUUCGGGGACGUUGGCCGAGGUGGAUACCUAUGCGCUUGUUUUGCCAUUAAUGAAAUGUCGAGGAAUCACCGGGGCAACUGACCCUUGAGGCCGUGACUCUAGGAGAGGAUGAGAGUUCGGGGUCAAGCAGGUCCGCUUUGCUGAUCAGUCACUCACUCAGGCAUUGGUCUCGGUUACAGGUCGAUUUAGCCGAGCAGUCGGGAGGGAAGACUGAAGAGGGUUGCUCCGAGUUUUCAUUUCAUGCUUUCUUAAAUAUUUAUAGGUUCUUUCAAUAGUGAAACAUUGGCAAACUAUAUUUAUGUUGAAACUCGCAUGCACAUAGUUUUUACCUUUUAUUUAGUAGUUGGACUAACUAAGAAAAAGGCUCUGAUCGACUGUCCGACCGUAUCUUAA